UGAUUUUGAUUUCUCUAAUUGUUUAAUUCAAUUUGUUUAGAUUAUUUUGCAUCGUCAAUACAGUGAAGUCGACAACUUUUUACAGAAUUUUCCACUGUGAAGCCUCGAGCUUUAAAUGGUUAUAGCGACCUUCCGCUAAGCGCAUGCCUCGGAUUUCCGAAAUUCUCGAAAACCCUUUUGGGUUUAAUCAGAUUUUGUAGCUUCUUUGGAUAUCUUGUCGGCUAGGAAAAUUCAGGUAGCCGUAGGUUUUCUUCUUCUGUUUCAUCGAUCUCUGGCGAUGGCUGAUCAGGUGGUUUGUGGAUGUUUUUUUCUUCUUAAUCCAAAUGUCCCUGCCCUAACAUUCAGAGAUCAUUUCCAAUUUCUUUCUUUUGACAUAUGUGACGGAUGAUUAGUCGUUUACAACUAGGUUUUUGCCAUCUUGUUUGGGUUUCGGAUCGUUUUCUCUUUAAUAAUACCUUCCAUGGGCGUUUGCCUUUACUGGAACAUCAGAUACUAGGAUGGACAAACAUAACAUCACACAUAUGUCAGUUAGGCUUAACAUGUUCUUCAGCAUGUCUUCACGUCCUUGGGAUAAAUCUUUCCUCUUUUCUGGUAAUAUAGUUGAUUUCGGUGCAGGCAAAAGGUUUCCUAGAAGUAUAAAGAAGUAGGUUUCUCGAGUAUGAAGUGUGUAUCAAGAUGCUUUGGCUUCACGUUAUGCGGUAGCGGUAGCGAUUUGAAUAGUAGUAAGCAGGAUAAAACCCGGAAGAGACGUGGUAAAUAUGAGGACCGAUAUAAUGAAGAUAUCGACAUGGCCAUUGCGAUUUCACUCUCUGAGCAAGAUCAAAUUGCGACACAAACUAGAGACGAUACUGCAGAGCUGGAAGAACACAAAUCUGCCAGAAAGCAACCAGAUGAAGAACAGAAAAGGCGUGAGCAAGUACAGUUGGAAGAAGACGAAUUGAUUGCUAGGACUAUUCAAGAAAGCCUUUACCAGGAGGAAGAAUCUUCUCGUCAUCAGCUAGAGGAGGAGGAAGAAAGACGGCGUACCAAAGCACAGUUAGAAGAAGAUGAAAAGUUUGCAAAGACUGUUCAAAACAGCUUGAAUGAGGAAGAAAACCUUCCUUUAAAGCUAGAGGGAAAAGAAAGCGAGAAUGCUAAAUGUCAGUUCGAGGAGGAUGAAAAGCUCGCUAAGACAGUUCAACUGAGUUUAUACAUGGAAGGAUCUCCUCCUCGAGUUGAAGAAGGCCCGAAAGACCGUGAUAAAGCUCAGAUUACUCAGGAGAGUCUCGAGGCAACAUCCUCUCUUCGGCAGCAGGAGAAAGGUAAAAAAAGGCUUUUUGAAGAUGACAAAGAGCUAGCUAUGGCCUCUCAACAAAAUUUGGAUGUGAAACCUCCCUCAAGCAAAUGUGCUGGUUGUGACUCUGUGGUUGAACAUGGAAGAUCUAUGAAUCUCUUGGGUGCUUCUUGGCAUCCUCAAUGUUUCUGUUGUCUUGAUUGCGGCAAACCGAUUUCUGUUCAAGAGCUUUCAUACUCAAGAGGCCAGUUUCACAAAUCCUGCUACAAGGAGCACCGCCGUCCCAAAUGUUAUGUCUGCAAGGGGAAGAUUCCCUCAACUGCAGAUGGUGUGAAAUACAGGGAACAUCCUUUCUGGUUGGAGAAAUAUUGCCCUUCGCAUGAAGUUGAUGGAACUUCCAAGUGCUGCAGUUGUGAACGGCUAGAGCCAUUGGGAACAAAUUAUGUAAUACUCGACGAUGGUCGGCGGCUAUGUUUAGAAUGCCUUGAUUCUGCCAUUAUGGACACUUACCAAUGCCAAACAUUGCACUUUGAGAUCAGAGAAUUCUUUGAAACCUUGAACUUGAAGGUGGAGAAAGAAUUUCCUCUGCUCUUGGUUGAGAGCCAAGCCUUGAACAGAGCCAAGGAGGAAGAGAAGAUUGACCAUCAUCAGUAUGUGGUGGUAACCCGAGGAAUCUGCCUUUCUGAAGAGCAUAUUGUCUCAAGUGUCUCUAGGGGGCCGGAGAAAGCACCCGAUAACCGGUUAACAGGCAUGGUGACAGAAUCUCAUACUCUCACCCGCAAAUGUGAGGUCACUGCCAUUCUCAUUGUGUUUGGACUUCCAAGGUUACUCACAGGAAAUAUCAUGGCCCAUGAAAUGAUGCAUGCAUGGCUUAGGCUUAACGGGUACAGGAAUCUGAAUUCGCAGCUCGAAGAAGGGAUUUGCCAAGUGUUAGCCCACAUGUGGUUGGAGUCUCAGACAUACAGCAGCAGUGAUGCAGCAGCUUCAUCGUCCUCUUCCUCUUACCCGGCAAUGGCGCCGGCUAAUGCAUCAAAGAAAGGUGACCAGCCUGAGUUCGAGAGGAGACUCGUGGAGUUUUUCAAGUGGCAAAUUGAGAAAAACGAUUCGGUGGUCUAUGGGGAAGGCUUCAGGAAAGUGAACGAGGCUGUCUCAAAGUACGGCCUGAGAGAGUACAUUAACAGACCAGAGUUCAUUCUUCGACGAUGAUUCAACUACUUCAUGAACCAUUUCCUCUUUCGGAAUCUUACUGAGCUGAGAUCAGUGGAACGGGAACUUAUCUGUGUUUAUUACAUGCGAUUCAGACUGUCUUUAUUCGGGAACCCUCUCCUAUCCUCUGCAGGAGCUGUCUAUUUUCUGGUUUUCUCGGACACCACCUCUAAAUAAAGUUUAUGAAAUGGGCUCACAGGCCCAUUAUCGUAGCCUAAAAUGGGCUCAUAGGCCCAUGACUCUUUCUUCUUUUGUUUUAUCUUGAAGUUCCACUUACUCUUGCGUUAGAGAUAAAAUGAACAUUUUUUUCCUUUGUCUAAUGAUUGAUUUCUUCA